AAUCACUUAGCUUCUAUUUCCUGCAUCUCACGGGCUAUUGCCACAAUAAGAAAAGACUUUGAGGCUGCUUACUCAAUAAUCAUUUCUAAUCGUAGAUGCAGAAAUCAGCCUCACGAUCAUAGAAAUAUAUUGCAGAUUACACCGCAACGAUAUAUCUCCCGUUUUCGUAGACGACGUGAAUAAAUAUGAGUGGUAUAGAAGUGACCGGGUUAGUUCUAGCCGUCCUCCCUCUAUUCAUCGAGGGGGCAAAGGCAUACUCACAUGGCGUUGAGACAAUUCGAAAAACCGUCUCUCGUCGGGAACGCGAUGAAAAGCUCAUGGACUUUUAUGACGAAUUCUAUUGGGAAAUGGUGCAACUGGAUCGUCAAACUUUAGGAGUUAUCAAAUCCCUGCCUUACUUGUCCGACAAACGAAAGGCCGAGCUGACAAUGGACAUUCGUUUGGAGGCCUGGGAAGCAGACGCUGAUGUUGCUCAAGCACUCUCUGAAUAUUUCGGAUCAAAGGAGGAUUUAGAUGCUUUCUUGCAUGUGAUGGGUAAAAUUGCUCAGUUGCUUUCUCAGUUGAUAAAAGAUCCUACUAUCCAUGUACUAUCCGAUGAUGUUGUGAGUACAGGUUUCGAUAACCAAAUCAUUCACAGCUAAUGAAUGUUAGGAUCAAAGCAAAAUGUUCAUUAAACUGACGAGGUUCGCCACCGAGAAGAAAAAAGGCGAGACAGCCAGUACUUUCAAGGAAAGAAUACGAUUUUGGAAAAAAGGAAAAGACCGGGAUAUAUGCCUGAAGAAUCUUUCCACAUGGAAUAAGAGACUUUUUCGUCUAACAGAGCAAGCGCAAAAGGAACCAGUCACCAAAAAAUUACCUUCAGGAGCAAAAGAUGUUCCGUCAUCUAAUUUGCGGUUACUCUCGCAAAAGCUAUACAGAGCACUCGCCAAAUGUUGGAGUUGCAAUUGCUCCACAAAACACGAAGCAAAGUUUUGUUUGAAGGCUCGUGGAGAUUCUGUGAAGCCGACGAUGACAGAGCUCGAUUUUGAUUUUUUAUUUUCCGUUGAGGAAGAUAUAAAACUGGGCAGAUGGCAAGAAGGAACUGUGGUUGUGAGAUCAAACAGGUUAGUUUCCGAGAUUCCCAAAAUUUCACCAAUCUCACUGCUAAUCUGCUUUGAUCCUCUAACAGCGAAUGUUCAAAAGACGAUCGCUCCCUUUUACAAAAAAUAUGCGACACAGUUGGGUGUAGAGGCCCCGUUGAUCAAUGCCUUCAGCUUUUGGUAGAAGACACCGGAAAUGACGAAAUGCUCUGGCAGCUUCGCUCAACUCCCAAAAGACUACCCGAGUCUGGACUUUCAAAGGCCGAAUCUUUGCAAGCAGUACUGGAAAGAUCGAUAAAGCUACCCCUGGUCACAAAACGAAGAUUGGCGGUCAUUUUCGCACAUUCCCUAUUGCAGUUACACGAAAGUUACUGGGAGAAUAAGGAGUGGAAUCAAAACCACAUAUUCUUCUUCUACGGCAUCUCCGGAGCUCUGGAUUUUCAACGUCCUUACCUAUCAACAAUCUUUGAUCCUGCUAUAAACGAAAAGCAGCCACCUUUAGAUUUGAACAGAUUCCACCGCAAUCCGAGUAUCUUGGCAUUGGGAAUUCUUCUCAUUGAGUUACACACCGGAAGGUUAAUCGAGAAUUUCCGAACCGAUGCUGAGAAUCAAGAUGUAAACGCAAACACAGAUUGGCUCGUUGCAAACCGAGUAGUUAAGACACUAGAGGAUUGCUCACUUGGUUAUCGUGAUGCUAUUCAGUCAUGCUUAGAUACGCCAUGGGUACCAGCCGGUCAGAGGGUGAAUCUGGAAGAUGUGACGACUAGGGUUGGUGUUUAUCAGGAUGUGAUCAAACCGUUGGAGGAUGAGCUUACCUAUUUAUUUCGCGAGAAAAUAUGAUUUUCAUGUUCAUCAUCAAAUUCAUGAGAGAGAGUUAUGGGCGACAACAGAUUUUAUAUUCAGAAAAUGAAGAUCUUACGCAUUCAUGGAUUUUUAUCUCUACUGUCACUCUUUGGGUCUGUGUGAGCAGAAAAAGUU